UUCCUGAUGGAGAAUUAGUUCCCCAUCAUGAAUGCGUGGGUUUACUCCGGGCGCUCCGGUUCCCCCCACACACACGUAGGGUUAACUAGUGACCCUAACAUGUCUCUGGGUGUGAGUGAGUGAGUAACUGAUGCAGCUUUCUUUAACAUAGAAACAUGCUUGCUUAGUGUGGGGAUUGCUGGAAAGCCUCUGACACAAAAAGUGGGUGACUCCAUGCAAUCUGCUGCGUUUCCUUAGGUAGAAAACCUUUAAAUGACUGGAAAAAUGAGCUGAACUCAAAGCACUUUUGAAUCAGUAGAAUUUUUUUAUUUUUUUUUUUUCUGGAACUGCGCUGCUCUGGGUGGUUGCAUGUUGGAGUAGCUCUGUUGACUUUAUGUAAGUUUUGCCUUUUCUUGGACUUUUUUUCUUCUAGUUUCUCAAGAAAAACUUUAGUUUUUUUUGGACAUUUUACUUUUCUGUUUCUGGUGCUGUGAAGCUUUGAGGAUUUUUACUGCUAUUUUUUCACUUUUUGAGCAUUUGUUAUGAUGUUAUGAUGUGUAACCAUGGCAACAAGCUGGUUUACAAUCGGGAGCAGCUGAUUAACAUUGGGAAGGCUGAAAUAAUACCUCAACUGAAGCCACAAAUCCCAAAUGAGCUAAAACGCCCAAACCAUCUCUUCCAUCGAUCAUAAUGGGCAAUGUGAGAUCACUGGCCAACAAGAUGGAUGAACUCCAAGCCCUUUCAAGGACUCAGCCAGAGUAUCGGCAGUGCAGUGUUAUGUGCUUCACUGAGACGUGGCUGCAGGACCAUAUCCCCGAUUCCAGCGUCUCUCUGCCAGGAUUCCUGACUGUACGAGCAGACAGAGAUUUGAAGAGGAGCGGGAAAAGAAAAGGAGGUGGAGUGGCAGUGCUUGUCAACAACAGAUGGUGCCAUCCAGGUCAUGUUUCAGUGAAAUGUCGUCUCUGCAGCCCAGGUGUUGAACUCUUGGCAGUAAGUUGUCGCCCAUAUUAUUUGCCAAGAGACAGAAAUACUCAGAUGACUCUGCAGUUGUCGGGUGUAUCAGAGAUGGACAGGAAGCUGAGUACAGAGAGCUGGUGGAGCGCUUUGUGGCAUGGUGUGGAAACAAUCAUCUGACCUUGAAUGUGAACAAAACAAAGGAGAUGAUUUUAGACUUCAGAAGAAGCAGGGUGGAGUCAAACACUGUUUCCAUCAUGGGAGAAGAAGUGGAGGUGGUUGAGGAAUACAAACACCUUGGAGUUCACCUGGACAACAGACUGGACUGGAGAAAGAACAGCGAAGCCGUUUACAAGAAGGGACACAGCAGACUGCACUUCUUGAGGACGCUUAGGUCCUUCAAUGUCUGUAGCAAGAUGCUGCAGAUCUUCUACAAGUCUGUUGUUGAGAGUGUAAUCUCUUCAGCCAUCGUCUGUUGGGUUAGCAGCAUCAGAAGCAGGGACCUGAAAAGCAGUGGCGGCUGGCCAGUAGAGGGCGAUAGGGCGCCGCCCUCCCAGUUUCCCCAGUGUUUUUAAUUUUUAUUUAAAAAAAUAAAUAAAUAAAAUUAACAAUAAUCACAUAUUCUAAGUUAAUUGUGUGUUUUGUAACAAAAAUAAAUCAUAUAUAUAUAUCUAUAUUGGUCUCUGCCAAUCUCUGCCGGUCUCUGCCGAGGGGUGGAGGCUGUGUGCUGUUUUUCAAUCGCCCAAACAAGACGGGACCAGUUGUCCAAUUGCUGACAAGAAAAUCAAAGGGUAGGAAUGGGAAUGUAUCCAAUCAGCGUCAACGUUGUUUCAGAAGCAUGAUGGGCGAUAGAGCUACCGCCAAGGCUUUCGUUGGUGUUCGGUAGAACUCGGAGAGUCUCGACUCCAGCACGUUUUUGGUCGUGACUCGUGACGGUCGUGACGCAGACGUAGACAUGGACGCCAGUGCGCCUACAACCAGCAGCAUGGAGACCGGAUCUCAGCAGCCACUGAAUUCAGUUCGGUCUCUUCUCCAGUAUCCGUUCGAGAGGAGAACUAUGGUGGGAAAAUUUAAUGUCAAAGAGCUUGGACCAGAUCAGCCCGACGUAAAGAUAAGCCAGCAGGACAAGGAGAAGGGUAAACUGUACACACGACGCUUCUCCCAAAAUUGGUACACCAGGAAGCAGUGGCUAGCUGGAUGCAAUCACGCUAAUGCGUUAUUUUGCUUUCUGUGUUUGUUAUUCAAAACGGCUGGGAUCCACAGAAGGUGGAUGUGGAACUUGUGUCUCAUUGGGGACCCCAUUCAUUCUCUGACUGAGGAAUGCAGCGCAUCAGUGCAGCAGCCAACAAAGAAACGGAGGACGUUUGGACAGGGAGAACAGCAGCUGGGUGCAGAGCUACAAAGAAAGUGCCAUGAGACUGUCCAGAAUCCACCACGACAGACCCAUGAGUCCUCUGGACGAGGCGGUUUUCUGGAUCGAGUUCACCAUGAGGCACAAAGGAGCAAAGCACCUGAUGGUCCAGGCCCACGAGCUCACCUGGUAGCAGUAUCACAGCCUGGAUGUCCUGAGCUUCCUGCUCUCUGUGGUUCUGCUGCUCCUGUUCCUCCACGACAAGACCUGCAGGUUUUGUUUCCGGAGGUGCUGCUGCAGAAGGAAGACCAAGAGGAAGGCUGAAUAACAAACUCAGCUCAGGUUUAUUCAAGUUAAAUAUUGAAUAGAAAGGCUGAUUUAAUGUAGAUUUUAAUCGGUCUUUUGACCACUGACCUCUUGUGUAAAAAUAGGGAAGUAAGAAACUGUUUAAAAAAAGGCAAAAACAAAAGUGUUUUGAUGUAUUUUUUAUCUUCUGUGUGAUCAAAUAGGGUUUUGGGUUUUUAUUAUUACAAAAAAAGGAAAAGGAAAAACAUCAGUGUCCAAUGUUUUCACUUCUGAAUAAAUGGUUUGUACUUCACAAUUUUUAGUUAAAUUCUGACCAUUUAGUUUUUGCUCAAGUUUCAGUAACUUCUGUCAAAAUGUUUAGAAAAAAUAUCAAACAGCCGGGAUUAAACCCGCAACCUUCUGAUUACUGAACGACCCGCUCUCCCUCGGGAGCGACUGCUGUCCAAAUGACUAGUUAUAAAUGACCUGCACUUGUAAAGGGUUUUCAGGUCGGUGUGUGGAGGGAAUUUGGGGUCAAAUGUCAUGCUGCACCUGAGAAGUGAUAUUAGUGGAUUUAUUUAUGGUUUUAUUAGUAAUGUUUCUUCAUGUCUUCAUGUUUCAUUUAAAUGUUGUUCGGAGGGACCGGCGUUGCCUGCGUAUGGCAGACUCGCCUCUGCCAGGACGCCCCAGGGCAGCUGUGGCUACAGUGUAGCUCAUCACCACCGGGGUGUGAAUGGGUGAAUGUGUUGUAAAGCGCCUUGGGGGGUUCCAGGACUCUAGAAGGCGCUAUACCAAAUACAGACUAUUUACCAUAAAUGAACAAUAAAGUUUUAUCUCAGCUUAUUGAUUAUUGUGUAACAGAGAUCUCAC